GAAGAUCCAGCCGAUUCGUUCAUUCACUUGCGAGAUUACGUGGAUUGUUGUAAUUGCUCGAAGUUGCCGCAGUUCUCGCCGGAAAAUCUGAAGAGCGGUUUCACUGCCGACAUGAAAAAUGCUGCACUCACAAAGCUCAAAAUUAAUCCGAGGCAGGCAAGACGGGUUUACGAAAUCUUACGAUUAAUGAAUACGAACACGAGUGAUGAAACUGAAAUGAAAGCUUACCGCAUUGAUGUGAAACGAAGACUGGAGAAACCUCUAAAGAAGAGUGAUCGGGAUUGGCGUAAGUUGAUGAAGGCGUUGGAUGAAAAAGAAAUGGCAACGGUGGCUGCGAGUGAAAUGAAUGUGGAGAAGAAACUGAACCUAUUGCAACAGUUGUUCGAGGCGGAUGUUGAGGACUAUAAGACAACGAUAAAUAGACUGAAACUUUUCUCGAAAUUAUUUUGA